AUAUUUCAAACAUAUUCCACACUGUAUUUGUAAACCUUACAAAAACACAGCUGGAUCUCCUCUCUUGCUUCAUUCAGCCUGUCCAGUGUAGACUCAACGUUAACACUUGUUGAAGUCCUGAGACUAAGUUAUGGUUGCGCUUUCCUCGAUCACUGACAGCCACUGCGCACUCUAGCACUGGUUCAUGUACAUGUAAAGUAACAUGACGGACGUGAAGUCACGUGCGGCAGCAGUGAGCUUAGCAACCUGCCCUCUACCUCACCAAAACAUGACGUGCCACUUGAAACCUCUCUGCUGCUGUUAUUCUAGGUGCGGUGACCCCUCCUCAGAUGCCCGAAACCCAACUAUAGUGAGCGUUUCUCACCAACCAGCGGCCACGGUGAUGCACCCAGCCAAACACGGAAGAGUGAUGCCACAGAGAAGAUCCAGUGAUCCAGAUCAUCUCCAAAUCCAACCACUUGCAUUUAUUUUCCUCUCAUAUGUUCUUAUUUGUACAAAAAUGAACACUCAAAUAUAAAGAAAAUUUCCUUUUUCGUUAGUGACAGGAAGUUGAAUGAGUGAAGUUUUUACAAAACUUCAACCCUCAGGCUCAUCCUCAUCCCUCGUGUUCCUCAUGACCAGGACAUUUAGUCAAAAUCAGAAAAAAAAUCUCGGUGCUUUGGUCACUUUAAUUGAUAUUUCAAGGCCCAUAUUAAAUAGCUGAGACCACCUCAAGACUCGAGACCAAGUCAAGUCAAGCACAAGCUCCGUCCUUUCAUCACUGUGGAAGCUGCCAAACACCUGAAUUGAUAGAUAAAAGGUCGAUCAGUCUGGAGCAAUACUGGCCUCAUCGUGCAUGAGGCUCAGGAAAAUAGAGACUUCAGCGUGUUGAGGAGAGACCCAUGCAAGCCACUCAUCCUGUUGAAAACACUGUGUAGAGCCAGUCUACAGCGACUGAAAUGAAAAUAUUGAAGAAGAACAUCCCAUCAACACAAAUAUCACGGCAAGUUCACUGAGCGAUGAUAAACACAGUCCUCUAUAGCACUGAGCAGCCGCCCUCCUGUCACGUCCACCCGAGUCUUGAUCCUGGACGUGAUGUCACUGAGGAGCCUCCUGAGUCACUUCUAGACAUAGUAUAUGACUGUGAAGACAGCAGUCAUGCUUGAUGGUCAACAACCUCUCGCCCCCUCUUCACCCUGCAGUUGGCACCGGGGGUCUGCAGCAGCUUCCACUCUGGUCCACCUGCUGUUUACUGGAGUUUUCAGCCUUUAGCUGUUGAGAUGUCGCCAGGAUCCUGGGCCAGCUUGGAGAGUGUAAACAAACAGAAGCUGGUGGGAGGUUCCUGUCAUUGGGGAAUCUCAUCUUCCAGCCCUCAAAAUAGCCCUUGAGGGGGUAUAAAGAGCCCAGCAGGGAGGUCUGGCCCUCAGAGAUCCUCAGGCUGGGAAAACCCUCAACUAAAGGAAUUUUUCUUCUUCUUUUUUUACAACUCUGAAAAGCAAAAAGGAUGAAGUACUACCAGUGCCCAGUGUCCCAAACCAUUGCACUCAAGUCUUUCACCCAGGACUACGAGGUUCCGGUCAGCUGCCGGAGCGCGUCUUCUCUGAAGACUGGCCGCAGCGUCCACUUCCCCAAUGACGUGGUCUUCCAGGAUUAUGUUCGGCAAGGCGAGCUGGAGAGAAUUGGACGUUUCAUUCGAGCCAAAAGAGUCAACCUGGACACCAUCUACCACUCUGGUAUGGCUGCCAUUCACGAAGCUGUCCUGUCUGGAAACCUGGAGUGUGUGAAGCUGCUGGUCCAGUAUGGGGCAGAUAUCCACCAGAGGGACGAGGAGGGGUGGACGCCACUGCACAUGGCCUGCAGCGACGGCUUCCCUGACAUUGCACGCUAUCUCCUCUCACUGGGAGCUGACCUGCAGCUGGAGAACGAGUGUGGAGAGAGACCUGCUGACCUCAUCGACCCAGAGAACAAGGAGCUGCUGGAGCUUUUUGGACUGGCCGUCAACGACUGACCGCUUCAUGCCUUUUUAAGGGAAACGUGAGCUCAUGGCCUGCUGCUCCGCCGGCAGAUGCCCGGACGUAAAUGUCAGCGCAGCGCCUAGUUCCUGAGAGCCGCUCCUCAUCUGCAGGUCUGGACCAAUAGAUGUGAGAAGGACGGCGUGGGAAAGAGCUGCUCAAAGACUCAACAGCUGCAGUAUUUUUCCAGUUUGCAUUUGGAAGUUGGUGGAAUCUGAUAGGUUAGUUGUCCGUACCAUUAGCACUUGGAUAAUAAUGAGUGACACGUUUGAAUCUACUUAUUGUAGAAUGUGGUGACAGGCGUCGUAACACAGAGGUCAGUAGGUGGCGCUAUCGGACUAAAAAUGAUGUGGGGUUUCAUAGACAUGGUGUCUGAAAUCUGUAGUUUUAAAGCAGAGAGCGCCAUCUAGCGAGCAGUUUCGGGAAGCCUCAAAUGUCCACAAUUAGUAGA